AUGCCUAACAUUUAUAUAUUUUUUGUUUCUGUAAGAUGGACCCAAAGACGCAUGAAUUACGACGCUAAUCCAUGUUUCCAUCUACAACGGUAUCGAAACGCACUGGACCACAUGCAAGAAAAAGACUUUAUAUGGAGGUCGUACAUUCAAUUCCCCGUGCCCAAUCUUAGAGAUAGCAGAUUUGGAGUGCUACGAUUUCUCUUAUCUAUUUCUAUACUGUUGAAAUGCAUCAAACAGAUAGGGUAA